GCAAGCACAUCUUCAGCCGUCACUUGAAUAGCAGUUGGUGGUCUCCGAAUCAUUGUUGUUUGUUGUAUGUGAAGAGGGUGGUAACGUUUGCUGAGGGAAUGGGUCGAAUUGGGAGUUGACGUUUUUUGUGGCCCAAGAGCAUCUAGAGGUCGGAAAGGGGAAUGUGUUUUGUUUACGUUUACGAUAGGUUAGGAUUAUGUUUUCUGUCCUUCGACUGUCACUGCAAUAACUAUUAAAGGUUAUUUAGCAUACUCCUACGUUGAAGAGAUACCGCACUAAGACGGUUUACGUACUACGCCAACACGCGCAAUACAAGAUAACAAGGCAUACAAUAAUACACAAACCUCCAACACAGUCCUACGCACUUUUUCACCUGCCUUCACCAUGACCGAAGACGAGUUGGAGCCCACAGAAAAAAUUAUUCUUGAAGAGCUGCAGCUUACGCUGCAAAGAUGUACCAUCAUUAAAAACAAACUAGAGGAAGCCAUAAGGUGCACGACGAUUGAGGACGUAGAAACACGCUCGAAGCUCCUUAGCACUAUUUCGUCCCGCAUGACAGCAUUCCUGACUCAACCUGAGCAUGUCCAAAGAAACAAGUUAUAGACAACAAGUAGCUGCAAAUACGACCAUUCGACGUUAAGGCGAUUAGUGGGAAAGUUGUCUGUUUUGCGUACGUGAGUAAUAGAGAACAGACUAAAAGCUCAACAGACAAUGGCGAUCAUCAAUAUAAUGACAUUAACAAAGCAGACGCUUUGUCCGUAUAAUGUUCACGCACGAUGAAGAGAGUAAAAAUGAGAAAAACAAACGGUAAGGGAAAGAUGAACGGUGCGACGCGUAAGUUUGUACGUGUAUUGUGGUUGCGCCGUAAUCAUCUGCAAUAGUACGCACACACAUUCAAAUCAUGAAGCCAGAUGACGAUGCGUGUAGGAAGCAACAUAACGAGGGAGCUCGAAGGUAGUAUGUACGUAUGCGGGUCUGUAGAAAAGGACGAACAUGCAAGCGAAAAUGGUAUCUGCCAACCUAUCCAUUCCCAUUAUGACACGGGGCCAAAAAAGAGUGUGUCUAAACGCAGUCGGUUCAUGCAAUUGCAAGCUGUAAUUAAUUUCUUU